AUGCAUCCUGUGCGCCCGGGUUCGCGCCCGGCGCUGGCGCUGCUGCUCCUCUGGGCCGGGACCGGGGUGCCCGCCGCGGUGCCCCCCGCGACCCCCGCGCCCCCCGCGCCCCCCGCGCCGCCGCUCUUCAACGUGAGCCUGGACGCGGCGCCCGAGCUGCGCUGGCUGCCGGCGCUGCGGCACUUCGACCUGGACUUCGUGCGCUCCGCGAUGGUGCACAUCCUCGGGGAUAAGGUCCCCAAGUGGGUGCACGCGGUGAUGCGAAAGGCGGUGAGGGAGCUGGAGGGCUCCCUGCCCCAGCCCUACGGCGAUGAGAUCCGCGGCCUGUGCGAGGCCCUGGGCUUCGGCCUGGCGGACUGCAUCCUCAUCAACAUGGCCUACGAGGCCACCGCAUUCUGCACCAGUAUUGUGGCUCAAGACUCCAGAGGUCACAUUUACCACGGCCGGAAUCUGGAUUAUCCAUUUGGGGAUUUCUUACGCAAAAUGACUAUGGAUGUACAGUUCUUAAAGAACGGGAAGGUCGCAUACACAGGAACCACGUUUAUUGGCUAUGUAGGAUUGUGGACUGGCCAGAGUCCUUACAAGUUUACAGUUUCUGGUGACGAACGAGAUAAAGGCUGGUGGUGGGAGAAUGCGAUUGCUGCCUUUUUUCAGAGACACUCUCCGAUCAGCUGGCUUAUCCGCACUACCCUGAGCGAAGCAGAAAACUUCGAAGCAGCCGUCGACAAACUGGCCAAGACUCCGCUGAUCGCUGACGUGUACUACAUCGUUGGCGGCACGUCCCCCCGGGAAGGAGUGGUCAUCACGAGGAACAGAAGUGGCCCGGCCGACAUUUGGCCUCUGGAUCCUCUAAAUGGAGCGUGGUUCCGCGUGGAGACCAAUUAUGACCACUGGAAGCCCGCGCCCCAGAGGGAUGACCGCAGAACACCUGCCAUCAAAGCCCUUAACGCCACCGGCCAGGCAAACCUCAGCCUGGAGGCCCUCUUCCAGGUCUUGUCGGUGUUUCCGGUGUAUAACAACUUCACGGUUUAUACUACAGUAAUGAGCGCUGCCAACCCAGACCAGUACAUGACGCGGGUCAGAAUCUGGGUUAACAGGAAGUAA